AUGGCAGAGCUGCAGCACUUCUCCCAUGAAUGCCCGUUGACUUCUCCAAAGACCGUCGCCGAUGGGAUUUGCAGCAUUUGCUACAAAGAUGAACUUGUCGAGUUAGCAUGUAACCCUUGCGAUUUCAAUCUCUGCAAAGCUUGCUCUCAUCUACCACACAAGGUCUCACACGAUUUCCAUCCGGAUCAUCCUCUAGAGUUUUGUCUGCAUCAGUUUGAUCAGAAACCUGGACACAUCCUCUGUUCCGGGUGUGGCAACAUGUCUUCUGGUUCUUUUUACAAGUGUGAAGAGUGUGAGAUCUACUUGGAUAUGGGCUGUGCCCUCAGUGAUAACAUCUUCAGGGGUUGGGAAAACAAAGACUUGCUUCAUUACAGUCAUUGCCACUUGCUUAAGAGGUGUAGACCAGGACCUGACGCUAGAGGUUCUUGCCUUCUCUGUGAGCUUCCCCUCUCUUCCUUUUCAAUAUGUUAUGGUUGUGUUCAUUGCUACUCUUUUGUUCAUGAACGCUGUAUUGAUUUCACAAGAGAGAUUUCACAUCAUCCUGUGCAUCCUGCACAUCCUCUCAAACGCCUUGAUUACACAAGAACUAGUUAUUGUGAUAUAUGCGGAGACAAGAUUGCUAGUGUCCCGUUUGGUUGCCAAGAAUGCGAUUUCGACGCUCACUUGAGGUGUUUAGAUUCCUAUUUGCGAGGUUUUAUGCACAAGUCUCAUCCGCAUAAGUUGGUUUAUAGAACUAAAUCUCACAUAAGUUUCAAACAAAACUAUCAAUGUGAAAUAUGUAGGAGAUGCAAUGUGAUAUCUCUUGACUCUUUUUAUUGCUGCAUAGAAUGUGGUAUGGUUUUCCAUUUCGAGUGUCUUGAGAUACCUGAGUUUGUGGUUGAGAAAUCUCAUCACAUUCAUCCACUUGAAUGCAAAUUGCUCCCACAUGAUCAUGACGAUUUUUUGGAGUACUGUGGCGUUUGCGAGACUAUGGUAUACGCAGGACAUCAUGCUUAUUCCUGUCAAGAAUGUGGUUUUCUAGGCCACAUUGAAUGCAUACUACGCAAGGAAGUGCCUUCCCCAUUAUACUUGAAAGAUCUUUACUCUUGUAGCAAAGAAGGCAACACAAGUUCAACAGAUCAAAUAGACCACUACACCAAUGAGUUAGAAACAAAACUUAUGGUUAAUAGUAUGAAGGGGCAUAUUCAUGUGAUGAGAUUCGUCGAGCUCAGUGAACUUGAUGAAGGAGCAAAGUGCAACAUAUGCAAAACAAAAAUACUUGGUAGCCCUUGUAAAUGCGAGACAUGCAACUUCCAGGCGCAUAAGUUCUGCGCGGAGCUAGGGAGACCAUUACAGCAUCGAGUUCAUAACCAUCCUUUGACACUCUUGCCAAAGGUCCCUGCAGGUGCAGGAGUUACUAUGAACUGUAACAUUUGCACAUACGAUAUAGAAGGGUUCAAUCUCUUUUGUCGGCUAUGCAGUUUCAUCAUCCAUACCAAUUGCAUAUACAGAGGUAAGCAUCAAUUUACAGAGUCACAAAGGGGACAAAAAAUCAUUGGAAGCUGGGAAGGGAGUAGAUGCAUUCAACAAAAGCAUCAGUUGGAUCGAAUUAUGGUCUCAAACUCAUAUCCCAUGACAUGUGCUAUCUGUGAAGAUAAGGUGUGUGGUAAAGACAAGACCGUACACAUGUCAUCGCUUGAUCUUACAACAUUUGAGGAACGUAUGAUCAUACAAAACUCACUUGUUGCCUGUAUGGUGUGUGAAGAUGUAUAUCAUCCUCUGUGUGUUGAAGUUGAGAGGCAAAUAGGAUUCAAUCAUCCUAUUCACCCUGAUCACGAUCUUGGAGUUUCAUUAGUAAGUGGAUCCAAAUGCAGAAUAUGCAAGCUGGAUAUUAAAAAGUACGGCUAUCGUUGUUCCACUUGCGAAAUCAGUUUCCAUAUUAAAUGCAUCAAAGCGGUGAGAUUGCCAGCAAAGAUCAAGCCUAACCCUCACAGCCAUUAUUUCUAUCACUUUUGGAUUGCUGACUUGACGAUCACGCGAACAUGCCGUGUGUGCGCCAAACCUUGUGGUGUGUCGUUCUACGGAUGUAUUAGUUGUGACUUCAACGUCCAUGCAGAGUGUAUUGGGUUUCCAUCAAAUGUGAAGAACCAACGACAUCAACAUUCUCUUGUGGAAGAAAAUCGCAGUGUUUUCGGGCCGGGUUGCUGCAUUCGAUGUGGAGAAGAUAUCGGGAUUAGGAGAGUAUCCGGAAGCAAAUGCUCCAAUGUCUACUACUCAUGCAAACACUGUCGCGACUUCUUUCACCUCAAAUGCAUAAUGUCUACGGAUGACCGUGAAGCUGCAACAGAAGAGGAUCAAUUAAGAGACAUCUAUCUUAUGUACCUAGAACGAAAUCUCGUGGAAGUGUUGAAAAAUGAUGACCAAAGACGGUAUUGGUGAACUAAGGAAGGCUACUUACCUUUUGUGAGGUUUAUGUCUUGUUGUUUUGAUUUGUGUUUACUUUUUCAGAGUGCCAAGUUUGAUGCUGGUGUAUAUCAGUGUAUGAACCACUGUUGAAUUUACAAGAAAAAACAGUGACUAACACAGUGCAAAAUUAGUUGAAAUUUUCUUCCGAAUCAGGUUGCUUGA